AUGUUCGAAGCCAAGUUUGAAGACGGUGUCCUAUUUAAAAAAAUUGUGGAAGCAAUCAAAGAAUUGGUUAAAAAUGUAAAUCUUGAAGCCAAUGGAACAGGAAUCUCAUUAUAAGCUAUGGAUACAUCUCAUGUGGCUUUGGUGGCACUACAAUUGAACGAGAAAGGAUUUAAAAAAUACAGAUGUGAAAAAUCUCUUACUAUGGGUUUGAGCAUUGAGAAUUUAUAAAAAAUUUUGAAGUGCUCAGGAAAUGAUGAUUAGAUUACUCUUAGAACUCAAGAAGAAGAACCUACAACAUUAUCAUUCACUUUCGAAUCAAAAAAUCGCAUAAGUGAGUUCCAAUUGAAUUUGAUGUCUUUGGAUUAAGAACAAUUAGGUGUUCCAGACACUGAUUACUCUUCAGUUAUCAAAAUGCCAUCCAAUGAAUUCACUAAGAUUUGUAGAGAGUUGGGAAAUAUCAAUGAAGCAAUUGGUAUUGAGACAUCUAAGGAUGGAAUCAAAUUUUAUGUGAAAGGAGACAUUGGAGAGGGAUAGGUUUCAGUUAAAUCUAAUGAUGGCGAAAAGAAAGAGGAGAGAGUAGAAUGCGAUGUUGAUGAACCUGUGAACUUAAGCUUUGCUGUUAGAUAUUUCAAUUUGUUUAAUAAGGCAGCCGCAUUAUCACCUUAAGUUAUAUUGUCUAUGUCUCAAGAUUAACCUUUGGUUAUUGAAUAUUAAAUUGAACAAAUGGGAUCAUUAAAAUUGUAUUUAGCUCCAAAAAUAAAUGAUGAUGAAUAAUAAUGAAUAAUUGUUUUUUAAAACAUAUUUUAUAUAUUAUUUC